AUGGUCUCUCCUACUUCGCAACUCGGCACAUUGGUCGUCUGUGUGCUCGCAAUCGCAGGCAUAACUGAGGGGGUUGGAAAUGGAACGGGUACUGAUGGAUGCGUUGGAAAAGGCCAGAAUGCUCUAGCGUCGGCCUACUUUCCUCCGAACGGGCUCUGUUCCGACUUCUUCGUGCCCAUCUCCAUCGACUACGAAGGUCCAGAAUGGAACGCCAGCAGAUGGACCACGGCCUACCAGCUGCAAGACUUUCUCAGCAGCGCGUCAGCUAGCGACCGCGCCAACUACCCACCCGCCCUGGGCGAUAUGAAGAGGUUCCGAGGGUCUUAUGAGAUUGCCGCGACCUUCUGCACACCCCGAGCGCCCAAAGAUGGAAAGGAAAAGACAGUCAUUGUGGCGACCCACGGCAUUGGACCUGGAAGGGAGCACUGGAAUAGUCCUUACCGACCCGACGAUUUCAACUUUGUCAAGCAUUCUCUUAGCAAGGGAUAUAGCGUCUUCUUUUAUGAUCGAUUGGGCUGUGGCGCGUCUUCCAGGUUGGAUGGGUUCGAAGCUUCGGUCUUCACUGCCAAAACCGUUCUCCAACAACUUACUUCCCUCGUUCGCUCCGGAAAAUACACAAGCAAUAUCAAGGCGGAGAAGGUAGCCGUCAUUGGAUUCUCCUUCGGCUCCUAUACUACACACGCUGCCGUGGCGGAAACGCCCGACAUGGCCGACGCUGUGAUUCUAACUGGCAUCGGCUUCAACAGCACUGGGAUCAAUGGUAAAGGCUUGCUUCGCUCGUUUGUGCCGCGCAUCGCCGCGCUCGAGAAUCCGGCUCUAUAUGGCGAUCGCAACACCGGAUACCUCACAUGGCCGUCGGUAUACGAUCUCGUCAUGAACUACUUCAAGGCGCCCAACUUUGACGAAGAUGUGGCGCUUUACACGGAAUCUGCCAAGCAGCCAUACUCGAUUGUGGAGUUCCUGACGUUUGCGUUGCCGGCGGCGGUGAGUGCGGAGAAAUGGGACAAGCCGGCGCUUCAUAUUACGGGCGAGCUGGACUAUAUCGUGGCUGAUGGGACCACCAAGGGGGUCAUGGACCAUCCUGCCAGAGAGAUUUACAAGAAUGCGAAGCCACUCCAGAUCAGCAUUCAUCCUGGGGCGAGUCACCAUCUCAACUUUGCAAAGAACGCGACGGGGGCUUUUGAGGUGAUUACGAGCUUCCUGGGCCAGAAUGGAUUGUGA